AUGGAAAUUUUUACUGAUUAUUAUCAUUUAUCAUCAACAAAUCAUUAUUCUCAAUCAAAUCAUGAUUUUAAAUCAGUUGAAGAAUUACGUCAAUUAAAACCAACAUGGAAUUUUUUCACUAUAAAUAAAACGAAUCAUCAUGGAACUAAUAUAAUUAAUCAUUUUCAACCGAAUUUUAAUCAUCUAUCAUCCGAAAUAAAAUUAAAUGAAACGCGUUUAUUGAUGUGUGAACUACAAAUGUUGAUUGAUUUUCAAUAUGUAUUAUGUUGUAUGUUCUCAAAUGUUAGUCGACUCGUACAAAUAUUGAGACAUCAACAUCGAACAACUACUAUUUCAUUAGAUCGACCAUGGUAUGCCACAUAA